GAGCAAAUUGGGGUGUUUAUGGGAAGCUCCAGGUUUGGCUUCCUUACGGCGUCGCAGGGGGCUGUUUUAACCCAAGAGAGAUGGAGUAGAAAAACCCUAGUCCCCGAGCUGUACCCGCGACUCGAUUCUUCGAUUGGGGAUCGAAGCAGGCGAUGUUGGAGGGUUUCUUCGUUGUUUUGUAGGGUUUUCCGAUCGGUCAUGUCUCUUGGGAAGCUCGCCAUCGUCAUUGGAGCGGGUUUAGUUGGGUCCGCUCUCUCAAAGGAAGGGCGCUUAUCUGAUAUAACGGACAUAUUUUCUGGUGCUCUGAAGAUCGUCACAAAGCACCUUCAACAAGAUAAAGAUAGCUCUCGAUCUAGUGGAAAACCACAAACCGAUUCUCUAUUAGCUCAGGUUAAUAAUCUAAGACAGGAGCUGCAAGUUUUGGCCUCAUCCAGAUCAGUUACAAUUGUAACUGGUACAAGUGCAGGUUCUGGUACUUAUGGUGUAACAGCUGUAAUUGUUAUAGGAGUUGUUGGUUAUGGGUAUGUCUGGUGGAAGGGCUGGAAGCUUUCUGAUAUGAUGUUUGUGACACGACGUGGUUUAUCUGAUGCCUGUACUGCAGUAGGCAAAAAACUCGAGCUAGUUUCAUCAUCUAUUGCUGAUGCCAGGCGACAUUUAUCUUCAAGGAUCGAUCGUGUAGAUAUUAACCUAGAUGAGUGUAGGGAUCUUACUAAUGCCACCAAAGGCGAGGUUUCAAGACUAAAUGGAGAACUAAGUGGGAUCCAUCAGGACGUUGAAUCUGUUCAUCGCUUCAUCCAGACUCUGGGGACCAAGAUUAGUCGAAUAGAAGAAAGUCAGGACAUUACAACACGGGGACUUUAUAGCCUGUGCAUGUUCGUUGAUAGCAUGGAGAAUAGGAGAGAUGCAGAACCUACUCAGGUCUUGCCAUCCAGUUCUAGGCUUGCUAUUGAACCUCCACAAACUACACCUGUCACAAGGAAUAUCUCGCUCCCACCUACGACACUAGAUUCCCCUUCAGCAUCGGCAUCACCAUCAGCAUCAGCAUCACCAUCAGCUGCUAUCGAGACUCCCAAGAUUCUGCGAUCAUCAACGGCUGUUUCAGCUUCAGGCCUAAAGUUUUUCUUCCAACUGUAAAUCAUAAUGCAGUUGAUUCGGAUUUAUUAUCGUCUGGCCGAGAAAGACUUUUUCCCCUGCAUGCUGGGUUUCUCUUACUGAAGGGCUGCAUGAUGUCUAUCUGAUGCCAGUAUAUGAUACCCAUUUAUUCCCAUUUUAGUUGCUAUCUUAUGAAGCAGACACCCUUUACAUGAUAAGGCAAUGACAGGCCUGAGAAGAAGGCCCACACGAUUUCUGACUGGGUACUGUGAUUGGAUGACUAUCGCAUGGUGCUUCAUCCUAAAACCUCCAUCCUCAGCAUACUUGUCUGGAAAAUAGAAGAUCAAGAGAGUUAAAGCUUAUGUUUGUUUAGUAAGAUUAAUGUCUUUGGUCUCAUAUGAAACUCAUCAGAUCCCGAUUCCUGUCAAGAAUUUUUUUAAAAGCAUACAUUUCAGUUUGAACGAACCAAACAUAAAAGAAUCGUAUCCUGUGAGAUCCUAAUCAUAUCAUUAAGCUAAAUUUUAAGGUACUUUUCAUCUUCUCAUCUCAGGCUCAGCUAGUUAUGCCACCAUAGCAGUUGUGAAAUAAUUUUAAAGGAACUAUAUACAACAUGUUGCACAGGAAUAUUAAUAUAGAAAAUUAUUAUUGAUAAGGUUUGUGAGUAUGCACAAAGAAUGCUAUUAUAUUGCCAAGUUGUAGACCUAAUUUGUACAAACUUUUUCUUCAGUUUCAACAGUGAACUUCCAAUUGAUGUUCAAGUCCUGUUGAUUGAUUUAUGUAAUAUCCUUCACAGUGAAUUUUUAGGGUUUGGUUAUUCAAGUCCUGUUGAUUGAUUUAUGUAAUAUCCUUCACAGUGAAGUUUUAGGGUUUGGUUAAAGCUAAUGCACUUGACCAAAACUUCUAGAAGUGCCAAAACUGAAACUUGAUUGGCCUGACCAUAUUCAAAAUUGGAAUGGGUGUUAAGAGGAUGCAGAGGAAGGGAGAAGUUGGAGGGGCUGGAUAGGCUUUUAAUUCUGUAAUUCCAGUAUAUUCAUGAUGCUGAAAUUCAUCAUUCAAAUGAACUAUCGUUUCAUUUGGGGAUGUUAAUGGAAUAUCUAAAUUAGCUCAAAAACUGUUAUUAUCCAAUCAUAGCCAUUUAUUGCAUCCAUUUAGGGAUAUCUGUUAGAUAUCAGAUUCAAGAAUUCAUACGCCAGGAUUUUAAUAGAAGUUGGGGGGAAUGGACAGGCGGCUAAUUCUGUAAAUUCAGGAUACUGAAUUCCAUCAUUUAAAUGGAUUAUCAUUUCAUUUGCGGAUGUAAAUGGAAUAUCUGAAUCUGAUUUAUCUCAAAAACUAUACUAUCAAGUAUUAGGCAUUUAUUUCAUCUACAUAGGGAUAUCUGUCAAAUGUUAGAUUCAGUAAUUCAUACACGAGGAUUUUGAUAAUGGUCAUCAAAUCAUUAUAGCAGUAUCCUGUAAUGGUUAUAACAGCUGGUAUAUAUCCUUAUCAGUGUCUUCCAAAUAUUACGAUAUUUUUAUCAUAUAUUUUAUAAUAUUACGGUUUGUAUAAGAAAUAGUGUUAUGUAUGUGUAUAAAAUAUUCAUAAAUGUUAUAGUCAUUGUCAACCAUUAUUUCCUGUUGGAAUGGCUAUUAAUGAUUAUUAUGACAUGAUAAUUAGAAAAACUAAAACAAAACCUUCUUAGUUCUUCAAAUAUCCAAAUAGUGGUUCUUUGUGAUGGUAUAAUGAUGGAUGAUAAUGCCAUGGCCCUUAUAUAUAUCUAUAAUGGCACUAUUAAAGUAAUGCUGUAUACUCGUUGCUCCGAUGCAGAAAAUGUCUUCCCUUCCAAUUUAGUUGUUUUGUCUGAUUUCUGUCUCAUCAAGAGAUUGAACUGCUGUUAGAAAGGCAGGCCACAUCAGCCUUAGCCUACGUUCUGAACGUCGAUACAGCAGCCAUUUUCAUUUUAGAUAUUGCUCAUGACAUGGAAUCUUUUUUUUUUUUUCCUCUUGUUUUUUGUUUUUCCUUCAGGAGUUGCAGGGGUUCUCAAAUACGGUUAAAAUAGGAAUACCAAAAUCAAAUUCGAUAAAGAUAGCUACUUCUGAGGCUUCUAGUGGAACUCCAUCUGUUGAGGAACCAAGCAGUAGUGCGUCGGGUUCCAGCAGGUCUGGAUGGAAGCUGCCGUCUUUCAGUGUUCUUACAAGAACCCGCAGCACUGCUAGUUAAUCUCUUCAUUUCAGUUUUGGCCUUCUAUAUGAUUCCCAACCGCCUUCAAGGUUGCAACAUUGAGCCAUCUUUCUUUUAUUCACAGCCACAUAUGCUUUCAGAAGGAUAGUUCUCUACAUGUGAUAAUUCGGACACUUGAAAUUUUGCAGGCAUAUAGUAUUUUUUUUUUUAAAUUUUUUAACAAGAUGGAUAAAUUUAUAUAAUUUCUUGAUAUACUUGUGAAGUGAAUUAUAAAGUGGGAAAAAAAAACAUGCUGUUUCGAGGGUUGUGAGCAGCUUAGUUCCUAUUGAAAGAUGACAUUAAAUAUAAUUAUAUAUGUAAAAAAACUUUUUUCUUUCAGCAUUUUUUCUAUUGCAGCCGCUAAA